GUUACGCCGAAUCGCAACGUUCAUGUCUAUCUCAAAGGGUAUUGCAUUGAUCACUGGGUCUGCUCAGGGAAUAGGUCGCAGCAUCGCUCUGCGUCUUGCACGGGAUGGCUUCGACAUUGCUCUCAAUGAUUUACCCAACAAGGAUGCCAAGCUGGAACUGGUAGCGACUGAAAUUGAAAGUCUUGGGAGACAAGUCUGCGUCGUUCCCGCCGACGUUACCGUCGACAAACAAGUCAAAGAGAUGGUUGAUCACGCUGUUUCAGAACUUGGUGGAUUGGACGUCAUGGUUGCUAAUGCUGGAAUAGUGCCAACGCUUGCCUCGCUUGUAUCAUCAACUGCAGAGUCAUGGGACCAUACGUUAUCAGUAAACGCCCGUGGACCUUUCCUGUGUUACAAGUAUGCUGCUAUGCAAAUGAUUGAACAGGGGCGCGGUGGCCGAAUCAUUGGUGCGAGCUCAGUCCUGGGUAAAAUUGCCUUUCCCUAUAACUGCUCUUAUGCGGCGAGCAAAUUUGCAGUUCGAGGGUUAACUCAAGUUGCAGCUCUUGAGCUUGGCCAAUAUGGCAUUACCGUAAACGCAUAUGCUCCUGGCUCAAUACAAACUCCUAUGACCAAAGACAUGAUGGAUGAGUCUGGGAAUGCGGAUGUUACAGGGCUUGUCGAUGAUCCUUACUCGAGGAAGUGGAUUAUGUCGUUACUUCAUAAUGUUCCUAUCAAGCACAUUGGACAGCCUGAAGAUAUAGCUAGCAUUGUAAGCUAUCUCGCAUCGAAGGAAGCGCACUUCAUUACCGGCCAAUGUAUUUCUGUCGAUGGGGGAAUCAGCAUGAACUGAGAAGACGAUGUAAAUGAUUAUGUUCUUACUCCUCGCAGAUGCUAUGGUAUGAUUACAACAAUAACUUGAGGAUUUCCCUCCUGAACUGGAAAGUGGUGUUUAAUUGUUUGCCCAUGUUCCCCAUGGCGCGCGCUAGCCAAAUUGAACCAAG